AUGCGCCGAGUGGGGUUCCGAAGGCUUGAUCCCGGCGCUAGUCACCAACAUACCGAACUCGGCACGGUCUUCACGCGACCACAACGGGGUAUGAUAUCAUCAGAGCGACAACUUGUUACUCGUAACCUUACCAAUGAAGAUGAUAGUGACAGCGAAAACUCGGAUGCCGAAGAUCAGUCUGAGCAAACACCUUAUGAACUCAAAUGCGGAAACAUUAAUCUAGGCAUUGCGAAGAAUUAUGUCCCAAGCUGGACCCCUAAAGAUGCGUUUCGAGAGUGUUACCAGAACUGGAGAGAUGGUAUUGUCGAGUCGUUCAAGAUUGAUUCACGAGCGCUCAGGCUUGUUACUGAGGAGAACAAAAGUGCCAUCACAAUCAAAGCAUUCAAGAAUCACGAUGGAGCCGUUUCACCAGAAUUGGUCGGUUUCAUCUCGUACGACAAAGUUACUGGCCGGACACAGCUUUGCAAUUUCAAUGCCAGACUUGAGGCUAAACAUCUCUGCAUGGGGGAAUCCAGCAAGCGGUCAAGCGAUCAUCUUGCAGGCACUCAUGGAGAGGGUCUAAAAAUUGCCGCACUUGUGAUGCGUAGGCGCGGUUAUGGUGUUCGAAUUGCAUCCAGCUCCUUCUACUGGAAUUUUCAUAUUGCCCGUGGUGAUCAAGCAACCCUACGCUGCAAACUUACUCAACCGUCGCCGGGAUCCCUGAGCAGGAAGAAAGCCUACGCUAAGCAGAUGGCGUGCCGGAAUGACCCCCGACCACUCGUAGGCCGCGUUUGGGAAGAUGUCACCUUCUUCCUCACCACUGGUAAAGGCGAACAUGGCCGUAUGAUUGAGGAGUUUGAGUUCCGAGAUUGGCUCACAGUUGCCUUGGAUCUGGACCCACCGCGAGAUGGUGAGAUGAUCAAGACGCCCACAGGUGAUCUUCUUCUCGGACCAACACAUUCUGGUCGUGUGUAUCUAAAAGGCCUCCGUGUCUCUGGACAUGGGACUGAUGGACGUGUCUACAGCCAUGGCUACAACUUUCUCACAGGGCGCAUCAACAGAGACAGAGAACGCUUAGUGAAUCAAUCCGAGGAAGCCGCGAUGGUUGCCACCAUCUGGACGCAAGCAAUGUCCUUGGGAUCCGGGGGCAUCACAGACACGUACCUGAAACUUUUCCACGAUAACGAGAGUGGACCCGAUACCGCGUUCGCUGCUGAAAACAUCAACAUCUCGACAGCGAGGCUCAUGUGGGAGCGACUGUUGGAGACCUCUUCUCGUGUAUUUUUCUUCCACGGUGAUGAUCAUUCCUCAGAUUACCAGUUCGAGGCGAUUACGAAACUUCUGAGAAUGGAACCACGAAAGCUCCCGAAGACGCUGUGGAAGAUUUUCCGGAGCCUCGAUCUAGUCCGUACUCCAACUGAGCAGCUUUUCAAGAAGUCGGCUAUCGUCAAUGAAACUAAAAACAACUUCGCUAUCACAAUUAGUUGGAUCCUCCACGCAUUUCUGCAGCUAGAUCCACGAUUGAGACUCAUCAAACUUUGUUUCGUUGAAGGCGGCAGAACUCAGAUUGAUUUGCUCUACGAAGCAAAGUGCCAAACACUUCGCAUCCAUGAGAAAUGCACAAAGUUCGAGGAAGUACACGAAGAUUCAAGUUGCGAUGUGGAAGCCUUUUCCAAAUAUUUCCCCACAAAGGAGGACGAUUUUCUCUGCGAUCAUGUGGCGGAAGACCUGGUAGAGCGUGUUCUCGAUAAGGUCCGUGGCUCCUUAGGAAUGACACUCACCGAAUCUCGAGCUCUUCGACGAAAGGCACGCUCAUACAUAAGGUCCAUGCCUCGCCAAGUUACCGUCAAAGUCACUGCAAAUGCCAACGAACUCGUGGUUCAGUGGAUCGGUAAUGAGGGUAGCUUUGUCUUCCAGAAAUGUGGCUCCGACAUACUUUAUCUUGUUACUCUUCACAUGGCUAGCACGUGCGAUAUGAGGAAGGCUCACCUUCUGGACGAAAACGCAGAUGAGCCAUUUCCCGCCAAAGCUACUGAUUCUCCAAAUUAUGGUACCUCGACUUCUCCAUGCCAAUGUCCAAGGCAAGUCGUCAGUCGAAUCGAUUCAAAGGCUAUAUUCUCUGGUCUCAAUCACCAUGAAGCAUACUUCCCACUUGUCCGACGGUUGGUGAGUCCAUCGUUCUAUGGAAUACCUCCAAAACCUCUUUCGCCGAGAGCAACUGCUCUGCUCAAAAUAAGCCUUGUGCCCCCUGCCAUAACUUCAAUACAAGCUUGUGCAGAUAAAUCUCGCCGGGAGAAACAAGUGGCAACGUCACAAGAAGCUAAAAGAGUUGAACAUUCAGAUUGGAUCGAAGAUAUGAAGACCUGGCGGAAGUGGUACGCGGAAGAGAUGUCUCUUGCGGUGGCUGAGAGUUUGCCAGAAUAUGAGGCGAAGCCUCCUUGCCCGCAUCUCGACUACACCUUCAGAAGAGAUCAAUUGGUUUGUAUCGAGUUGACGACAUCGCAGUCUGGUUUUUAUUUCGUCUAUGUACGCGAUAUUCUCUAUCAGCUGGAUGGAAACGACGAAUCAUCGUAUUCUCUGCUGGUGACGAAGUUUUCUGCAGUUUCGACCUCGAAGAUCCUGUCCAAGUUAUCAUCAGACAACUUGGAGCUUCUCCUUCACUUCCGAAAUUAUCGCAACAUGGGCUCCGAGGCCAAUGCCGAACUGAUUGAGGUAGACAAUAUCAAAUCUGCUCAAGAGACAUCUCAUAAGCGCAUUCUUUACUGCACUGAACGUCCCAGAGACAUGGUGGAGGGUGAUGCGUUCUGUCGAUUUGGUAUCAGGACCUUCGUCACUCCAGGCAUUUUCUGCAUCACGCGCCUGGCACCCAGUCUUCUCCCUCGCUCCGAGAAAUUAUCAGAAGUCUCUUAUCAGGGCUCUAUACCUCCUAUUGUUUACGACCUGAGUCCUAAUGCCCUUGGGCCAGCAGAGGGAUUUCGACAAGCCGGCUACAUUAUUGAUAGCGCUUUUGAUUUUAAUGAAGAGCAUAACGUCACCUGGAGGGCACGCUACCCUCUGAGUUCAGUGUUUAGCGGUUCCUUUAUGUCUACUAUGAGCAAAAUCGAAUCUGGUACCUUGAACCAGCUGACUAGUAGUACUCCUGGAGCUGCAAAAAUCGCUGUUAUCGCUGGCGAGUACUCUUUUUUCAGCUUGAGCGAAGAGGACAUCUCCCUGCCCUCACUUGAGCGAUUUUGCAAGCCGUUUGAAAAUCUCUCGGCGAUUGCGACGUCUCCACUCAGACCUGACUAUGUGGUUGCAUUGCUAUCACCUGCGGUCUUACACCCACUGGCAAUAGAGAAGUUCUCAAGGAGCAUGAGCCAGCUUCUCGAACAUCAAUUUUCCAUUCAGCUAAAAGUCUGCCGCUCGUCAGGUUCUGAAGUUCGACCAGUUGGCAUGGUCUUAGCCUUGAUCGUGUCUAGAACGUAUGCUGACUUGCCCUGGGAUUCUGUGGAAACAAGCUCAACGGCCGGACAAGCAACCGAGCUUGAAGCGAUGAUAAAGGAUCUUGCCAUUACCAGUGCACGCCCUGAUGAUCCCGGCUCUUCGGAAUUCUUGACUUCUGUCCGCGCCAUGUCCAAUGGUCAAUUGGUACCGACUGGGACAGCACCUGUUGUUCAUGUCUACAACCACUACGUUGGAAACAAUCCCCCUGCUGGGGAUUUUCUAAACAAGGUCUUUAUGCGGCCUUUCGCGUUUGGCCAAGAGGCAGCCGUGCGACAUCCAAGACUCGAGCGAAUACUUACGAUACGAGAAAUUGCCCGAUUACAGGGUUUUGAUGAUGACUACAUCUUUUAUGGAUCUAGAGCAACUCAAUACCUAGAUGUUCUCAACUCCAUCCCGCCGGCAAUAUCGAAGAAGAUCGCUGACAGCAUUUUGCGAUUCAUUCGAGGCGGACCCAACACAUCCGAACCAACCAGUCUCUCCAAUGACCGUGGCGAGCAGACGGCCGACAACAUCAGAUAUGGCCAGAACAUUUCAGAAUCCGGCGUCGGAGGUAAAACGACCACUUCGACCGGCUCUGCAGAACAGGCUGGAGGGUAUGGUGGAAAGUCAGAUGACGCGGAACCCCAGAAACAGACACGACGCGAGCAGGGAUAUGGACCGGGUUCUGGGGUCGGUGCAUAA